AUGUUGAUUAAAAAGAAAGAAGAAUAACAAAAAGUUCUCGUUUAGUAUUAAAAAGUCCUAAUCAUUAUCAUUAACACUCUUUAUAUAAUAAAAAAUAAAAAAAAUAUAAAUUUUGAAAUUGCUAAAAGUCAUAACUAAAAUAUAAUUAGAUAUUUUAAUAACUGA